UUGAAUGAUGAUCUGGUGAAUGAUAUCGAGAGGUUCGCAGCAUAUGUGGAAAGGUUGCGGCGGUCACUGGAUUCAUCGACAUCAGUUCCAGGGUUGGGUGGAGAGCCAACGAUUAUUUACGAGACUUCGGGCGCAUCGACCCUACUAAUUGAUGCCUUCUGUAUAUAUAAUAAAACUCAGAUGGAGAAUCUAUGUGUGUUUCGGUUCACUCAGCGCUUUCAAUGGUAUCGCAAUCUGUACGUGAUUUAUUGGUCAGAUAUCCGAUUUUUAAGACUUCACAAGUUCUUUUACCAGCUAGUCAGCUCGUUCAUAGUGUUAAAGUGUAGUAAUGAUCAAGCUGGUAGUGGCGGUCUAAGGAACGGACGUGGUGUGUUGACAAGGCGACAUUCAACAUAUCAAAGAAGCGCGCAAGAUAACGAAUACGACAUCGAUGAAAUAGAUAAAAUGGUUGCUGAUCGAGCGGAUGGUAUCGAUAUUGCAUUUGAUCGCGGCAAAGCGUGGUCAAAGUAUUGCAAAGAAUUGUUGAAUUUUGUGUCGCGUCGUGUUCAGUUAGAGUUAGAUCAUGCAAAAAAGGUGCACUCUUUAGCUAAUCAGUCUAAAGUUGCAAUUAAUGAGCAUUUUUUACCUCUGCGAGAUGUGUUCGAAAGCAGUUUCGAUAAUGAUGUCGCGUUUUGUGAGCAGACCUAUGAUGCUGUUAAACACAUUCAGGAUCGAUUUAUUAAGUCACUCGAGAUGAGACGUGACGAUCAUGAAAGGCAACGAAGAGCAUUGAAGAAUGAGUGGAUGCGUGUUGCGAAACAGUUGAAAGAUACACAACAAGAGUUGAUACGUGCUCGUUCGUUACUGGAUUCACGUGAUGAUGGAUAUAGACGUGCACAGGAGAGUUUUUUGCGGACAGAAUCAACCGGACCCGCGGUAGGGGUCGAGAUGAUUAGACGCAAAAAGGAGCUGGAAAGACGAAGGAAAAAUGAGGAGGAAGCAUUCACGAAGAGGGAAGAAGCACAAAAUCAAGUGGAAAAGUUGGAAGGCGAAUUGGAGCGGCGUGAACAGCUAAUGGAGGACACAAAGGUUCGAAUAGUGGGCCAAUUGCGUGAACUGGUGUAUCGUUGUGACCAAACUACGAAAGCAUGCUCAACACAUUAUUUUCAGGCACUGGCUAAUCUUUGGGUAGCGCAACCGGGUAAGUAUCACGAGUUUGCCGAUGCAACACGCACUUAUACACCGGGAGCAGAAUAUAUGUCCUUCUUACAGAAUCUUCCACAUCGAACUGUCUCAUCUGGAUCACUGUUUAGGACUGCUGCUGAUAAUGACGACGUUUUGUCAUCAGCCAAUCAUACGGCAUCUUCGUCGUCUGUUUCAUCACAGAGGCGAAAUGCAAUUGAUGUGUUCGACCAUGAAAUGAUACUCGAAAGGAAGCAAAAGAAAAGUAGUGUUUCAGUGAGAUUACUGGAUCAGUCGACAACAGAAACGAGUGCACAACAUACUGAAGCUGCGAAAUCGCAUCGUCUACAACGAAUAAGACAACCAACGAAGUGUUCAAAUUGCGAUACAUUAUCAAUUCUGUCGACUGUACAAUGUUUGCAAUGUGGAAUGGUAUUUCAUAAAUCAUGCCUCAGCAAGUUGACCAUAUUUUGUGGACAAUCAAGUAAGGGAACAGGGCACUCGUCUUUAAGUGGUGCUGCUGUAGAAAGUGAUUAUGCGGCAGCAGCAUCGAGACGGAUGAGUAUAUUCGGUGUGUCCCUGAAAGGGCAUCUGGAUGGACAGAAUCGCAAAGUACCGCUUAUUGUUGAGAAGUGUGUUGAUGAGUUGCAACGACGUGGUUUAAAAGUUAAAGGUAUUUAUCGAACAUGUGGUGUAAAGAGUAAAAUCGAGCAAAUCUGUGAAGAAUUUGAACGAUCGCCGAAUUUCGUUGAUAUUGAUUUAAGUGUAUUUCAUCCAAUGAAUAUUGCGAGCGUUAUUAAACUCUACUUGAGGAAGCUUCCAGAACCACUGCUAACGCAUGAACUUUACAACGAAUGGAUUUUGCUAGCGACCGGGGUUUGUAUAGUAGUUUUUAUUCAAAAUUUGAAUGACGGUGAUGAAUGUAUCACUGAACAGAUACGUUGUUUGCUGCAUAAAUUACCCGAACAAAAUUUCGAUACAUUACAAUUUCUUCUACUACACUUGAAUCGAGUGACGUGGUUUGAAAUGGAUAAUUUGAUGACAGCGUCAAAUUUGGGUGCGGUGAUAUCGCCGUCGAUGAUUUGGAUGCAUCCUUAUAUACCGUCAUGUAGUAAUAAGAACUCGUCAUUCCUUUCUGAUGCACACUUAUUGAGUAAAGCCGUUGAAUUACUUAUUAAAAAUGCUUUCGAAGUAUUCAAUGUGGACAGGGCAGAAGAUUGGCAUGAUUUCUUCCAGAAUUAUCCAGAAAUUGAGCAACCACCUGCUGUGGAUCCUGAAACGGAGGCGCAUAUUGGUGAAGGCGAAGAUGAAGGUUGUUUGCUUAGCUGCUACUUGAUUAGUUGGUUUAAUAAUAAUUAUUAUUGUAACCAGAUAAUUAGAAACAAGUCAAGUCAUAGUCUGGUUCAGGCUCACAACAACAAUGAUAUUGGUAUAUCGCUCGGUUUUGAGCAAACUUUCUACAGCUCAGAGGUAGAGCCCCAAACGGUAAUUGGUACGGCGCAGCUUCGAUUCCCGUUCGCGGAGGAAAAUGAGGACGAAGAUCUGCUGGAAGAUGAAGCAGAUACAGAUGUAUUGUGUGGUGGUUCAUUUGUUCCACAACCACCGACACCAGACCUGCUGAAAAAUACGUCAAGAGGCAAAAAUGAAUCGUAUUCAACAAGUGAUGAUCUCGAUUUGGAUAGUUCGUUGGGGUCGUUUGUUAGUGGUGGUGGUGGGCAUUGCGGAGGGAGCACAGCGGGACCAGGAGGGGGCUGUUCGAUGACGAUGACUGUGAGCAACAAACCGCAGCAAAAUGUAUCGUCUUCGUCGUCAUGCUUACCAACUUUAUCAAAAAACCAAUUUAGUGAUCAUAAUCAAUUAACGUCAACUCUAUCAACGCCGUUAUCAUUGCUCACCACGAAAGAUAUUGUCACAAGUAAUGAUAAUGAUGAACAAGUAAUCAAACAAAGUUCAUUUUUGCAACCGCAAAUUUUUGAUGCGAGCUAUUGCCGUGACAAGACGAUGAAGGACAAGUCGCUGCAUCAGCAGCAACAGCAUCAAACACGAUCGUAUACCACUUCGAUUCUGGUUGCUCCACAUAGUGAAAGUCAUUGCAGCAGCAACUCCACUUCGACAACUGAUAAUUUCAUCACAAAAACAUCGCCUUCUUCACCUCUGGCCACUUAUAAAUCAUCGUCGAAUGGCAGUGAUAAUGUUAAAAAUAAUCGUGAUUCUUCUCAGAACAUCGCCGAAUAUGUUAACACUUUCUAUGCAUCUGCUUCUGGGUCGUCUACAUAUUCUACUGCUGCAACUGGGAUUGUUGGUCCGUGCAGUAUUUCAUCAACUUUGAAUGAUGAUGGUAAUAAUAAUAAUUCUGCUGCUGCUGAUUAUGGUAAUAAUAGUGAUGAUAAUGACCUUUUAUCGAUAGUUUUAUCAGCUGCCGAUAAACUUGCGAAACCGACCUGUAUGAGUGCAUCUGAUGAUAAGGUAAACAAUAAACCAUCGAACGCGAGUUCGUGUUUAACCGGCGACGUUACGUUUGAUGGCUCAAAGGGUGCUUCUGGUGCAGUAGCGGCAACAACAUUGGCAGCCAACAACAACAAGAAUAAAAAAACUGAUAACAACGGUGAUAAUACUACUGAUGAAAACGGCGAUCAAGACAUCACUGAUAACGACAGCAGUGAUGAUGAGGCUGCGAAUAAGAGUGGUACACCAGUAGAGCUGGAGAUAAGCAAAGAAAGUGAUAAGCUAAGAACUAAUCCAGAUUAUCAUCAUAAGCAUUAUUAUGAUGCAUCUGACAAGUUGCAUUGUUGUUUACACAAAAGAGCGACGACGUUGUUAACGAAUCAAGUGGCGGUAGCUGAGAAACGAGAUGAAUCGGAUGAUGAUGGUUGUUGUUGUGAUAAGAUAAGAAGAGAUAAGACGCUGCUGCAGUCACCAUCGCUCGCUGGCACAUGUGCAGAUAUUAUUUCGAGAGCAACAUCAGAAGUCAGAGCAAAGAAGAACAACAAUUUGGAUUUUGUUCGUAACAGUAACAAGGACAAGAAUAUUUGUGUUCAUGUCGAUAAUGUAAACUUACAAAGACAAUAUUGUUCUGAGCCAUGUAAUCCUGAAACGUCGUCAUAUUGCAAUAUACAUCGUCUGAUGAAUAGUGCAGACUCAAAUUGUUAUAGUUGUCGUUGUUGUUGUUGUUGUUGUACUAGUUCCUCUAGAACGACUUGUACUUGUAACGGUUCUCCUUCAUUAGUUAUCAACACUACGCCUAAACAGCCCAAUCUCAAUGUGAAUGUUGAUAUUUGUCGUAGUACUACUAGCGAUCGUGCAAACACUCAAACUACGACCAGUUCAAGCUCAAAGAAAUGUUCUGUCGUCAGUGAUGAUGUUGAUCCGAUUAAAAAUGGUCCCUUAAUUGUUCAUAAUUCAACUCGAUCAGAUUCUACGUCUCCCUCUUCUUCCUCUGCUGCUACUGCUGGUGGUGGUGAUGGUAGUGGCGGUGGUAGUAGUGGUCAACGCAGUUCACAGUCAGAUAAAAUAUCACUUCAGUCAAUUCGAGUUUUAUUUACGGGCACUGAUGUUAGUUACGUGUAG